UUCAGGGAAUAAGCAUGACAAAAUGUUCAGAUGCCUGUAGUUCAAGCUCUGAUUUAUAUCUGCCGUAACGGUAUAUAUGACCUGGAUGCAGUUUAAGUUUGUGCAACUUUAUGGAAACUUCAGAAAAAGUUUUGAAACUACUGUACAACUAUUUCUUCCUAUUGUGUGGGCAUUGCCUGCAAGCUGUUCUCCCACAGCACUACUCCUCCUGGUAUGGCUUCUCCUGUACGUGAAGUAGCAGGCCAAGAUUUUCCAUUUGAGACUUUCGUGCGAUGUGCAAAGCGAAAUAAGAACGGGUGCACCACUGACAUUGCCACAGAAAAUGGUAAACAAUGUAUUGAGCUUCCAACUUCCCACAUCCAUGACUCCAAGAUGCUACUUCAACUGGACACAAAGGACCAUGAGGUUAUCAUGGUUGCAGAUGGCUCUGCUAAGACGUCAUUGUAUCACGUUACCACGGAAACUGAUAUUGAUACUACUGCAGAACUGUUACCAUCCGGGGGGAGCCAAAGUCAUCAUCAUGCCACGAGAAGUGCAGUCAGUGAGACUUUGCCCCCACAACCCAAGCACGCUGUUUGUCCUAUAAAGUUUAAUGAUAACUUAAUUGAGAACUCUUCAAAUAAACAUCCUCAAGGGAAACCUACGGCAAGUACUACACAGCCAUUCUGUUUCGGGAUAUCCGCUGAUAAACAGAAAAAAAUCCCAAUUUCUGUGAUUGUUGAAAAAGGAUCUAAGUUUGUGACGUCAGAAGAUGAGAACUUCACCAACUGGGAAUACAACAUAGAACAUUUGGAAACUUCCACAUCUCAAAAUCUAAGGCUGACUUUUGUGGACUUUCAGAAGAUUAACCUUUCAAAUGAUCUUACUGAAAUAAAAUCUAUAGAUAUGAAAGAACCAAAUCAGGAAAUUUCUGAUCAACCAAACAGAAUGGAGUCUACAGUAAAUCCAGCUGAACCAUGCAAUAAAAUACCAAAGGAUCAAUUGGAUAUUGGUGAAUCAGAGUCUCCAGUCAUUGACACAACUGAUCUCUACAAUGAUGUACUUGACACAUCGCUGACAUCUAAAACUGAAACUGAUGAACAGUUUGAAGGGUAUUCACAAUGUUUGUCAGACCUCAGUCAAACCAUGAGUGUUGAUCGUUUUACUGAUUUAGGUUUCCCUGAAGAAAAAAAGAUCUUAUUGCUUAAAUACACUGAAUGGCAAGUUUUCCAUAGCAAUAUAAACAUGUAUACUGAUCAAAAUUUAGAUGGCCACAGCUCUGCGGAAACAACAGAAAACUAUCGUCACAUUGAUAUGGAUCAUAAAAAUAGCUCUGUAAAUCAUAGAAAUGUUGAUAUUGACCAUCAAGCUGAUGGACUUUGUGCAGAAGUAAAUCAAAGUGAAGAAGAGAUAUAUUGUUUUAAGCCUAAAAGGCAAGAGAGCCAUUUUGGUUAUAACAAUGUUAAUGACAAGAAAGAACAAAAGAUAAACACUGGAAAUAAUGGUAUUAACUUCACUGAUCCGAAAACAUGCUCUAAAGAAACAGAUAAAAGACCUGAAACGAUUAUGAUGGUAGAACACAGAGGUAUCAACAAUAGUCUAUUCGGUCAAGACACACCCACUUCUCCAGAAUGUUGUACUAGCAAGGCUGGAGACGUUACUCUUUUAAGUUCUUUUAAGACAUUAUUACAUGAUAGCAAUGUUGAUAGCAAUAUUAACAGAAGCAAACUGUCCAAUCAGCUGACUCCAGAAGCAUGUUCUUCUAAAGAAGUGCUGUCAUCUUCAUUUAAAGACACUGAAGAACAAGCCUACAUUUGCUAUAAGAAAGCAGUUGUUGAUAGCAUAGGGCUCAUUGGUGGUAACAAGAUGGACAAUAAAGUUCCAGAUGGAAAGACACGGAUGCUGUUUACUUCACUUAGCCUGGAACCAGACACAUACCACACCAAAAUGCAGAACAAAUUGCCAGAUAGUAGAGUUGCAUGUGUAUGUGGGAAUGGAUUCCAGAAUGAAGUGGAUGGCACUAGAUACGUUUCUGAAGACAGACAUGUCAGACAGCCACAUAUUGUGAUAGCAAAACUAAGCAGUAGUACAUCCCAACCGGGUACCAAUACUUCCUCAGGAUCUCAAUCCAUUUUUUCAGAAUCUAGGAAUGAGAGAUGCGACUGCGAUGUGACGUUGCACAAUUGUAUCAAUAUAUUCCAACAGGAAGAUAUUGAUCCUUAUGCCAAGACAUUGCUUGAUGAACUUCAUGAAGAAAUUGAACCUCCUGAUGGUCAAUUGAUCCAAGUUUCCCUAAAUUCUAAGAUUACUGAUGCUAUGCAAUAUAUGGAUCAUGAGAAUGGCAUUACAUUAAAUGAAGAACAAAUAACCAAAACAGUGUCUUCACAUAACAUAAUGUCAGAGACAGGGGAAAUAAAACUGCUGAAAGAAAACCCACAAAAUAAUAUUACACAUGACAUUGCUUUAUACACAGAGUCUAAUAGUGGCAACAAAGAUUCAAUUAGAAGCUCUGUAGAGACAGAUAACGGAAACCAUUUAAUCUUCAAUGCAGAAUUUGAAAACAUCACGCCUGAUCCAAAUUUUCUUUACACCGACAGCAUUAUUUCUUCUGGUAAUUCUGUACAUCAGUGCAUGUCAUCCAAUUCUCAUCCAUCCUAUCUGUGCACAACUAACUCUCCUGAUCCACCCUACCAGUGCACAACCAACUGUUCUGAUCCAUCCUGCCUGUGCACAAUUACUUCUCCUGAUCCAUCUUACCAGUGUACCACCACUUCUCCUGAUUCAUUAUACCAGGGCACAACCAGCUCUUCUGAUCCAUCCUAUCAAUAUACAACCACCUCUUGUGAUUCAUUAUACCAGGGCACAACUAGCUUUUCUGACCCAUCCUAUCAAUGUACAACCACCCCUGCUGAUUCACUCUACCAGUACACAACCACUUCUGCUGAUCCAUCUUACCAGUGCAUAACCACCUCAGCUUGUUCAACCGACCAGUUCCAGUGCAUAACAACCUCUUCUGACCCAUCCUACCAGUGCACAAUUACCUCUGCUGAUCCAUCUUACCAAUGCACAACCACCUCUGCUGAUCCAUCUAACCAAUGCAUAACCACCUCUGCUGAUCCAUCUUACCAAUGCACAACCACUUCUCCUGACCCAUCCUACCAGUGCACAAUUACCUCUGCUGAUCCAUCUUACCAAUGCACAACCACCUCUGCUGAUCCAUCUAACCAAUGCAUAACCACCUCUGCUGAUCCAUCUUACCAAUGCACAACCACUUCUCCUGACCCAUCCUACCAGUGCACAAUUACCUCUGCUGAUCCAUCUUACCAAUGCAAAACCACCUCUGCUGACCCAUCUAACCAAUGCAUAACCGCUGAUCCAUCUUACCAAUGCACAACCACUACUGCCUAUCCAUCUUACCAGUGCACAGCCCCCUCUGCUGAUCCAUCUAACCAAUGCAUAACCACCUCUGCUGAUCCAUCUUACCAAUGCACAACCACUUCUGCUGAUCCAUCUUAUCAAUGCACAACCACUUCUGCUGAUCCAUCUUACCAGUGCACAACCACCUCUGCUGAUCCAUCUAACCAAUGCAUAACCACCUCUGCUGAUCCAUCUUACCAAUGCACAACCACUUCUCCUGAUCCAUCUUACCAGUGCACAACCACCUCUGCCAAUCCAUCUUACCAGUGCGCAACCACCUUCCCUGAUUCAAGUUACCAUUGCAAAACCAUCUCUACAGAUCUUUCCUACCACAGUACAGCUACCUAUCCUGAUCUUUCCUACCAGUGCACAGGCACCUCUGCUGAUCUAAUUUACCAGAACACAACCAUCUCUCCUGAUCCAAAUUACCAGUGCAUAGCCACCACUCCAGACAUACCUGAUUCAUGCUACCAGAGAACAAGCAGCUCUACUGAGCUAUUCAAUCAAUGCACCACAACUUUCCCAGAUGCUCAGUUAAUUGCUAUAGUAAAUGAGGCACGUGAGAUACAUCACAUGACUCUGCAAAGCUCAGUCAAGGCACCAACACAAGAUGAAUAUGGAAAUAUAAUCAAACAGAAUGAACAUUAUUUCCUGGAAGAAUUGAGAAAAAUAUUCCUAGACCAACAAGGCAAAGGCCUCACACUUUUAGAUUCUGGAAUUGUUUUAACAAGAACAGUGAAUCAUUUGGGAGAAAAUAUUACCCUAGUUACACUGUGGGACGGGUCAGAGCUGGGAAUGACUAUUCCAAGUUCAAAGUUGUUCCUGUAUUACCAUCUGGAGAAACACUUUGUCACUGAGCAGCUGAAUGAGGAUUGGUACUUUGCACAAGACCGUAUAACAAAAGUAAACAUGCUGAUGAAAAAGGGAAUUUUCUUUGACCCAAGCAGCCUUUGUAACAAUGAUGAUCUCUGUGAGCUUAGGAAGUGUCUUAGAGAUGCUUUCUUGUGUUUCCUGUGUAAUGGGCAGCAGCAGGAGCUUGAUUGGCACUCAGAAGUCCUUCUGGAGAGAGCGUGCCAAGUACUGGAGGAAGACUGUCUAGCACAGAUAAAUCCAACAAGCCAUUUCUUCUCAUCUCAGCCAAGACCCGUUCCGUUCUGCCUUCCUUAUUUUCCAAAUGAAAAUGAGGCAAGUGAAUGA